AUGGCUGUUCAGGGGUCCGGUUGGACCCACACGGAACGUAUGGGAGAAAUUCAAGCUUUUUACCAUUUGUUUGAAGCUUUUCAUGCAUGGAUCAAUGGUCUACAUCAUGCUGCUUCUAGACGUGGAUAUGUUGAUACUGAUGCAGGUGUACAUUUAAAGCAAAAUGUUUUAAUUAAAUCAAUGUCAAGUGUUACCGGCACAGUUGAAAUGAAUACAAUUAUUAUUGGCAAUCAAAAACAACAACAGGAUGAUGAUGAGUCUCAAUUAUUACAAGAUAAAUUGAAUUUAAGUUUUUCAAAACCAAAUGCAGUCUGGGUACAAGAAGUUAAGAAAGUACAAGAUGUUCAAGAUCUUGAGUUCUUGAAAUUUCUUGAAUUCUUACAUAUUCUUACCAAGAUCUUGAAUCCAGAUCUUACUGAAAAUUUUCAAGAAGUCAAGAUCUUGGUUACAAGAAGUUUCACUAGUGCUUGUCGAAGCUGA